CCGUGACGUUUUCAGUCAGUCGCGCUACGUAUUAAAGAAGCUCUUCAAUCUCUCCGCGUUGGAUGCCGGUCGGGGGAGGGCGAAGGGGGCGGUCCGCACGAAGGUCCCGAGGAAAGCCCAUGUCACAUCGGGUUGAAGGAAUUAGUCAAUUUACCAGCGCUGCCGACCGGGUUAGUACGGAGCUGCAGUGGAUCAGCAAACGCAGGCUGCCUGCAUAUAACAGACAGCCGAAGCCGAUGUGCAUGAUCUUCCUGGUCGGCAGAGAAGCUGGCAUUGUCUUUCAACUAGCGAGGUCGGGUGAUUUUUCAUUAUGUUGGAUAGCAGCGGGAAGGUACUGAAGGAGGGGCUGAUGGAGAAAAGAAGCGACGGCUUGCUACAACUGUGGAAGAAGAAGCACUGCGUCCUCACGGAAGAGGGGCUCCUUUUGCACCCCCCGAAGCAGCACGACAAUCCGCAUCAGCAACAGCAGCAGGUCAAGGAGCCGGGCAAAAUUAAGGAGUUGCAUUUCUCCAAUAUGAAGACGGUGGAUUGCGUCGAGCGGAAGGGCAAGUAUGUUUACUUCACAGUGGUUAUGUCCGAAGGGAAGGAGAUCGACUUCAGGUGUCCGCAAGACGAGGGCUGGAACGCCGAAAUAACUUUGCAGAUGGUGCAGUACAAGAACCGGCAGGCGAUCCUGGCGGUCCGGUCCACGAGGCAGAAACAGCAGCUGCUCGUCGUGCAGCUUCCAGGGCACAAAAGCAUCAGGAAUUCGCAAAAUGUGGUGUAAACUGUGAUGGAUGCACAAGAUGGGUCAAUGGGACCAUCGACCGAGGCCCCCCAGCCGCUACCGGCUCCUGCCAUCCUCGCCGAGCUGAUAACAGGGGCCAUCCGAUCGCAGUAAAUCGCUUUGUUUUGUUUGAUUCAGAAGAACAACACCCAUUUCCUUCAACUUUUUUUCUGUUCUUCGUUUGCUUUCCCACGAACAAAACAGACCUUCGCUUAAAAAAGAAGGAAGGAAGAAAAGAAGAUAUUUACAUCCUCCUCGUGGCUUUUUUAUUUAUUAGUUGUAAAUAUUUUUCCCUUGCGUUUGACAUUUAUGAAUGUGAGAACGAUGGAUGUUAUGUAUGUAAGAAGAAAGGUGGAAGGACGUCAAUGGCUUGACAGUGUACUUUUUAAAUAAGAUGUACAAUAUCUGUACCGCACAAAAAACACGUACCCAUAGGAAAGGCGUCUCACCGGCGAACCAGCACGGAGAAGCGGAAAGGCGCCCAUCAAAAUACCACAUUGUUCCCAUUUGUCUUGUUGAAUUAAACCAAAGACCUAAUGCACAACUUCAGAUAAAUUUGUUACAGCAUAAUUUAUACCAUGUACUUUUAAUUUUGAUAAAUUAUAUGAUUUUAUUGAGACACCGUUGGAUUAAAAAAUUUUUGCUUACUUUUCUUUUUUAUGUUUUAUAGAUCUAUUCACAAAGUAGUAUUUAAAGAGACCCAUAAUUAUUCACCUGCGCAGCCGUAAUGUCACUAUGGGAAAGUUACUGGUUCAAGUUCGCCGUUUAUCCCCUCUGAGUGGAAGAGUAAUGCUGAGCUCUGUAUGAGUAUAACGGAGUAUAGCUCACGGGUCCAGAAUAAUCACUUUACUUUGGGUGACUUUGUGACUUAUUUUUGUCAAAUGGCUGUGCAUUAGUGUUGAGUCUCAGUCCUAUUUUGUUGUGAGAUGUAUUUUCAUACUUCUUAAUACAUUCCAUUUCACUGGAA